AUGAGAGAAAUUGUUCAUAUUCAAGCAGGACAAUGUGGUAACCAAAUUGGUGCAAAAUUCUGGGAGGUUAUCUCAGAUGAACAUGGUAUUGAACCAAAUGGUGCUUAUAAUGGAGAUUCUGAUCUUCAAUUAGAAAGAAUUAAUGUUUAUUAUAAUGAAGCCUCUGGGGGAAAAUAUGUUCCCAGAGCUGUUUUAGUAGAUUUAGAACCAGGAACUAUGGAUUCUGUUAGAGCUGGUCCAUAUGGACAACUUUUCCGUCCCGAUAACUAUGUAUUUGGGCAAAGUGGAGCUGGAAAUAAUUGGGCUAAAGGUCAUUACACUGAAGGUGCAGAAUUAGUUGAUAAUGUAUUGGAUGUUGUUAGAAAAGAAGCAGAAAGUUGUGAUUGUUUACAAGGUUUUCAAUUAACACAUUCACUUGGAGGUGGUACAGGUUCAGGUAUGGGAACACUUCUUAUUUCUAAAAUUCGUGAAGAAUAUCCUGAUAGAAUAAUGAAUACUUAUUCUGUUGUACCAUCACCAAAAGUUUCUGAUACUGUUGUUGAACCAUACAAUGCCACUUUAUCUGUUCAUCAACUUGUUGAAAAUACUGAUGAAACAUUUUGUAUUGAUAAUGAAGCUUUAUAUGAUAUUUGUUUUAGAACAUUAAAACUUCAAACACCAACAUAUGGAGAUCUUAAUCAUCUUGUCUCAAUGACUAUGUCUGGAGUUACUACAUGCCUUCGUUUUCCAGGUCAAUUAAAUGCUGAUUUAAGAAAAUUAGCCGUAAAUAUGGUACCAUUUCCACGUCUUCAUUUCUUUAUGCCUGGUUUUGCACCAUUAACAUCUAGAGGAUCACAACAAUAUAGAGCAUUAACUGUACCUGAAUUAACUCAACAAAUGUUUGAUGCUAAAAAUAUGAUGGCAGCAUGUGAUCCAAGACAUGGAAGGUACCUUACAGUUGCAGCAAUUUUCAGAGGACGAAUGUCAAUGAAAGAAGUUGAUGAACAAAUGUUAAAUGUUCAAAAUAAAAAUAGUUCAUAUUUUGUGGAAUGGAUUCCAAAUAAUGUUAAAACUGCUGUUUGUGAUAUUCCUCCAAGAGGAGUUAAAAUGGCAGCAACAUUUAUUGGAAAUAGUACAGCAAUUCAAGAAUUAUUUAAAAGAAUUAGUGAACAAUUUACAAGUAUGUUUAGAAGGAAGGCUUUCCUUCAUUGGUAUACUGGUGAAGGAAUGGAUGAAAUGGAAUUUACUGAAGCUGAAUCAAAUAUGAAUGAUCUCGUCUCUGAAUAUCAACAAUAUCAAGAGGCAACUGCUGAUGAGGAAGGAGAGUAUGAUGAAGAAGGUCAUGACUUGGAAUAA